AUGUCCGGAGGCCAAGAAGGCGGCGAGGACUCAGAUCACAUCAUGGACCUAGGCGAAGAUCAGAAUUCCUUUAAAACCAAAAGAUCACGAGCCACAAAUUGGCCCUCAGUAAUGUCAAAGUUUCUACUUAAUUGGUACCUUGAGAAAAAGAAGGCGAUGCCACCUAAGACCAAAUUCAAGAAGACACACCACCAUUAUUGCCAAGCUGCACUAAAUGCUAGAUUUGAGUCUGCUUACACUGUUGAUCAGGUCCAUCGCCAUUUGAGGCGUCUCAAGGAGGUUUGGAAUAUUGUGGCGCGUUAUAUGAACGAGAACGGGAGCAGGUUUGACAAGAAAAACAAAAUGUUAAUACUACCUUCUGCAACCAUGGCUGCUCUACCCUUAGCAGAACGUGCUAUUCUCGUUAAACCCAUUCCAUUCUUCGACCAUUUGCAAGCUCUCUUCAGCGAUUGCCCAGUUGAUGGUGCCUCUAUGACAGACCUGCUGACAGAUGCUGACUUAAAUGAUGAUCAGAUGGAAACCCAGGAUCCGUUGAACAUGAUGGUUGUUCAUGCAGACACAGGGGACCCACACGAGGCAGGCUUGGACAAAGUUGUUUUGGGGGGUGAAGAUGAGUGUCAUGAGGUUGCAGUUAUUAGCGCCGUUGGUACAGUACCAUGUGAAGUUAUGUCAGGCACUAGUGCACCAUCUGCUGAACCAUCAGGAUCGGCUGAGAGCACAAUAGCUGCUCUCAAACCCAGCUUGAAGCAGUGCAAGAUAGUCAGCAAAGCAAAAGCAAAUCCAAAGCCACAGGCUGUUGCGCUACAUGAUAGCAGGAAACCAGACGCGUUCAACAGGAACUUAAUGGGGAUCCAUGACAGACUCGCUAAACCAACACGGACAGCACCACCACUGUCAGACCCAAAUGCUCCUCUGUGGAACAUGCUAAAGGAAAUUCCAUUGACACCUGCUGAUAGGCUGUCAGUUGGGAUUUAUCUUUGUAAGCCAGAGUCUGAAGUGCAUCGAAGUUUUUUCAUGAGUAUGGGUAAGGAGUACCUAGAGGCAUGGGCCCACAAGUUCUUGAGUGGAGGGGAGCCUGGAGCCUUAUAG